UCUCCCAGCAGAAGGCGCAGCCAUGAAUCCGUUAUUCGGCCCCAACCUCUUCCUCCUCCAGCAGGAGCAGCAAGGCCUGGCCGGGCCGCUGGGGGACCCCGUGGGAAGCGACCACUUGGCCGGCGGCGGGGACGUGCCCCCGGCGCCGCUCGCCCGGGCCGGCCCGGCUCCCUACUCGCCGCCCGGGCCGGGCCCGGCGCCCCCCGCCGCCAUGGCGCUCCGCAACGACCUGGGCUCCAACAUCAACGUGCUCAAGACCCUGAACCUCCGCUUCCGCUGCUUCCUGGCCAAGGUGCACGAAUUGGAGCGCCGCAACCGGCUGCUGGAGAAGCAGCUGCAGCAGGCGCUGGAGGAGGGUAAGCAGGGCCGGCGGGGCCUGGCUCGCCGAGACCAGGCCGUGCAGACCGGCUUCGUCAGCCCCGUCAGACCCCUGGGGCUGCCCCUGGGCGCCCGGCCGGCUGCCGUCUGCACCCCGUCGGCGCGGGUGCUGGGCUCGCCCGCGCGCUCGCCGGCAGGCCCCCUCGCGCCCUCCGCGGCCUGCCACCCGGCUCCCUCCACCUCCGCCUCCUCCGCCUACUCCUCGUCGGCCCGCUUCAUGCCCGGCACCAUCUGGUCCUUCUCUCACGCCCGCCGGCUCGGGCCGGGACUGGAGCCCACUUUGGUGCAAGGGCCUGGCCUGUCGUGGGUGCACCCCGACGGGGUGGGCGUCCAGAUCGACACCAUCACCCCCGAGAUCCGCGCUCUCUACAACGUGCUGGCUAAAGUGAAGCGCGAGCGGGACGAGUACAAGCGGAGCUGCUUUUACAGGAUUAAUGGUACCUCAGGAGGCAGGGGCAGCGGGCUAGACGAGCUCUGCUCUGGUGCAGGCAGCAGGCGGGAGCCCGGAUCUGAGGACUGGAGGUGGGAAGAGGAGUACGCGGCGAGACUGCAGCUGCAGGAGCGCGUGCACGAGCUCCAGGAGGAGGCCCAGGAGGCCGACGCCUGCCAGGAGGAGCUGGCCCUGAAGGUGGAGCAGCUGAAGGCCGAGCUGGUGGUCUUCAAGGGGCUCAUGAGCAACAACCUGUCCGACCUGGACACGAAGAUCCAGGAGAAGGCCAUGAAGGUGGACAUGGACAUCUGCCGCCGCAUCGACAUCACCGCCAAGCUCUGCGACUUGGCCCAGCAGCGCAACUGCGAGGACGUGAUCAAGAUGUUCCAGGUCCCGUCCAUGGGGGGGCGGAAGCGGGAGCGCAAGGCUGCCGUCGAGGAGGACACCUCCCUGUCGGAGAGUGACGGGCCCUGCCACCCCGACGGGGAUGAGGAGGAGAGCACGGCCCUCAGCAUCAACGAGGAGAUGCAGCGCAUGCUGAACCAGCUGAGGGAGUAUGAUUUUGAGGACGACUGUGACAGCCUGACUUGGGAGGAGACCGAGGAGACCCUGCUGCUCUGGGAGGAUUUCUCGGGCUAUGCGCUGGCUGCUGCAGAGGCCCCGGGAGAGCAGCCGGAAGACAGUUUGGAGAAGGUGAUUAAAGAUACUGAGUCCCUGUUCAAAACCCGGGAGAAAGAGUAUCAGGAGACCAUUGACCAGAUAGAGGGGCCCUGGGAUGGAGGCAAGGACCACUUCCAUCAUUGGAUGCUGGAGCUGGCCACGGCCAAGAACGACAUGAACCGGCACCUGCACGAGUACAUGGAGAUGUGCAGCAUGAAGCGGGGCCUGGACGUGCAGAUGGAGACCUGCCGCCGGCUCAUCACCCAGUCUGGGGACCGAAAGUCUCCUGCUUUCACUGCGGCCCCGCUUAGCGACCUGCCGCCCCCGCCGCCACCAAGCGAGGCUGAGGACUCCGAUCGCGAUGUCUCAUCUGACGGCGCCAUGAGAUAGGGGCCUUCUCCAGCUCGGCCCGCUGGGACUCCCCGGGGCAGAGGGCUGGGUGGUUCACGGAAGGGAACGCCGUUUGUCCUGCGGCACCGAGCCUGGCCCCGGCGACGGGGCGCUCCUCCCCAGCCUCCUCCCUCGGUCCUCGGCCUCUCUAGGGCUCUGGGGUGUCUGGAGUGAGGCUUGGCCUGCCCUUCCCAGGCGACUCCCCGCACCGCCGGCUCCCCUGCCUUCAUGCGUGGGUGAAUGCUACUUUCCCAUCUUUCAAAUGCUGCCAGAGCACUCGUGGCCCCUCACCCUCUCCACUGAGUAAGGAACGUGGUGGACUGUCCUUCCUUCCGUCCCUGUGGCCUCGAGCCAGCUGGCUGUCUUGAGUCUGUACUGGUGCUAACUGGCCUGGGCACUGGUAUGAAGGGGAUUAGGCUGGACAUUCUGUGGCUUGUGCACCGGAGAGGGCUUCCCUCCGUGGCACAAGCGGAGGGAGCGGGCCCGGGCAGGGCGCUCGUCCUCGCUGUUGUCCGAGUGCUCACGGCCGGCUGCCGGUCGACAGCAGUGAUGUGGCUGUGAGCCUUCCCUGGUGGAAGUGCCACGCAUUACAGGGGCCUUGGUCGUCCGGUCCCGGCGGCUUCUGGGUCUGACUGGGUGCAGUGUCAGUAUCGUGGAGGGAGACAGAAGCCCCUGCUUGUUUCCCAGUCACCGCCCGGUGACAGAAAGGUGAAGCUGUGUGUGUGUGUGGGGGGCACGUGUGUGUGCACACGAGCGUGUAUGUGGACGCAUGUGCGCUCAGGGUCUCAGUUUCUUCAAGCAUCAGCUGCAGGUGUGCCUCCUCCGUGUCUGUCACAAGCUGAGACCAACUGGCUGAGUGAGAAGAUGUCCUGGACUCGGAAAAGCUUGGCGAACUGGGGCUACAGAGACCGAGGGUCCCUCAGCGUCACUGCCUGAGGUGGGCUGGGCUGAGCUGAUGUUUGUGUGGAAUCUAAUAAUCAUGAAACUGGCGACUAUUUAUUGAA